AUGUUCUCCUCCCCCAGAGCACUCUUCACACCCAGGAAUCAGGAGCCUCCCCGCCAUCCAGACAUCCCCCCUCUCCUGCCAGCAGAACUCGCUCAGGAAUAUGCCUCCUUGGGCGCCCCUCGGAACUGCCCCAGAGGCAUGUAUUUGAGCCCCUCAGAAGAGACCAUCCUCAAAUGGCACGGCGUCUUCUUUGUCCACAAAGGUCCAUACUCUGGAGCAGUGCUGCGCUUCUCAAUUGUGUUCCCUCUCAACUAUCCUUCGGACCGUCCGAUAAUACGAUUCACCAAUGAUGUUUUCCAUCCUAUGGUUGAUCCCAAAAGCAGAAUAUGGUAUCCAUCGGGGCAUUUACGGCAGUGGAAACCGCGACUCGAUCAUGUUCCUCAGCUCUUGCAUAACCUGAAAGCUAGCUUCAAGACGAAAGCUCUGGAACAGGUCCAUGAGGACGACGCUGUCAACAAACACGUCUGGUCACUGUACCACCACUCCCACCAAACGUUCCUCUCAAUGACCGCUCAACGUGCUGCAUACACUGCCUCUCAAACCACGUUGUACCCCGACGCUCAAACCCUCCCACCAUCGCCCACCAGCAAAACGUCCACCCCCACGCGUCAACGUCAGACUUCCAUGAAUAGUUUGGCGUCUGAUGAUGGUCUUGGUCCCACAAGGGAGAUCAUCAAGUUCAAAGAGUUCAAUGAAGGUGAAAAGGAGGCGCUGUGGGCUAUCCUGAAAGGCAACUUUGGGGACGAGUUGUCGAGGUGA